GUGUUAGUUACAUUUCUAAAAUAUCCGCAAAGGCUCUUAUUCACUUUCUAGUUGAAAUAUUUCUAUUUUCCAAAAUUUUUAUUCGUCACAAAACGCAAGUUGAAUGUCCUUGCAUUCAUGAGUCAUUUGUGAGAUCUGAAAUAUCGUUUUCAAAAUAGCUGUAAUUACAGACAGAAUAUAAAAGUUAUAAUUAAGGCAAAUGAAAAUGUUACAGUUCAGUAAUUAGAUAAAUUUGAAUCAACCUUGUACUUAAAAAAAAUGUAAUUAUUCCGAUUAUCGAAAACGCAAGAUGUCACUUCUGUCCACGCGCAUUCUGAUUGGACGAGAGAAGGCUGAGAAAAACAGGUUCCGCCAUAUUUGCAGUUCAACGACAAAAUCUCCGACGUGGUAAAAUGCUCAAAUAAUGGCCCACGCGCGGGGGACGGAAGACGCGCCGGCGGCGCCUCGAAGCGGACCGGGCUCCGGCGAGAGGGACGCUCGGGUGCGGGCGGCCAAAGCGGCGCUGCAGUCCCGGCUGGGGCCCUACGAGCCGCUGCUCACCUACCUGCAGUCGGUUCUGGUGUGGGAAAGACCCGUCCAGUGUCUGCUGCUCUACGUGCUGGUCAACGCUGUGUUCUGGUUCUUUGCACUGACUUCUCUGCGUCUGCUGUUCUUACUGGCGUCCAGCCUGGCCUUGGUGGUGUGCGUUGACACGUGGAGGAACAAGAUCUGGCCCAAGCUCAGAGUCAGAAACCAGGACGAAUCCGAAAGCGAGAGCUGGGGCCUGGUGCAGCCCGGCGUCCUCAGCGUGCCCGAGCUGUGCCACCACGUGGCCGAGGCCUGGGUCAGCGCCGUUGUGCUUGGGUCCAACGUGAUCCAGUUCAAACGGCUCAACCCCGGAAGGUUUUGCAUCCUGACCUGCUGCCUCCUCUCCUCUUUGGCCGCGAUCGGACGCUACGUUCCCGGCCUGGUGCUUUCCUACGCGGCUUUGUUGGCGACCCUCCUGGUCCCUCUGGCGGCCCACAACAGGGUUUUUCAGCGCGUGUAUGUGAAGCUGGAGCCGGUCCUGCAGCGGCUGGACUUCAGCGUCUGCGGCUACAUGAUGUCCAAGCCGCUCGACAACCAGUUCCUGCGCUUGCCUCUGCACGGCGUCAUCUCAGGUGAAGGCAGCGACAGUGAGGAGGAGCUGGCAGCCUUCUGUCCUACGUUUGACGACGUCGUCGUGGCGAAGGAACUGGCUCUGACCGACUCCGAGCACUCCGACGCUGAGAUUUCCUACACUGACAAUGGAACGUUUAACCUAUCCCGGGGCCAGACGCCGCUGACCGAAGGCUCCGAGGAUCUGGACAAACACAGCGACCCCGAGGAAUCUUUCGCUCAGGACCUCCCGGACUUCCCUUCCAUCAACCCGGACGCCACCCUGAUGGACGACGACGACGACACCAGCAUCGGCCUUCCCAGCUCGGCUCUGUCCGGGCUACAGAGUCCCCGCACCUCCGUGCUGGAUGUGGAUGCUCACCUGGACUCGGACCAGGAGGACCUGGACGCCGAGAUGUCCCUCAGCGGCCUGCCGCCCGCCUCCGACUUCAUGGGCGACCUGGCGGGCGACAUCGCCAGCAACAUGAUCCGGGCGGCGCUGGUCGGCGCCAUGCAGCCUCGACGUCCCUCCGCCCAGCGCAGGCGGGCGCCCCCCAAUGCGGGCCCCCACCGCGGCUACCGCAAGCAAUCCAGCUCGGAGCUGGACACGGACUUUGACGUGGAAGACUUUGAGAUGCUGGAUCAGUCCGAACUGAGCCAGAUGGAGUCUGUGGAAGAAGGGCAACGGAGAGCGAGUCAGGGCUCGAACUUCCUAUCCAGCCUGCUCGGUAAACCGCAGUAACGGUGAAAAAGUCGCUUUUAACGAGUGUGUUGGAGUCUUGGAUAGUAGCAAAAUAUAUUUUAAUGUUCCACCCCUGCCCCGUGUGGUUCAGAAUCACUUUUAUCACUGAAUGUCUCUGGAUUCUAUUGAUUGGAUAAUGAAUCGGCAUCAUUAAUUUUAUUUUUUUUUUGGGGGGGUGGGGGUUCAUCUCUUUUUAGGCUGCGAGUUGCCGGGUUAAAAAUGCUGUUUUUCCAAACUACCGGCCACUUUUCCCACAGAGGUCCGGACAAAAUUAGGGCUCUAACCAACGCGGGACCAAAUGUGACGUUCUCAUUUGAGGCGUUCGUGUUGCUUUCACAGAAAGUGGUUAAUUCGUACGUUUCCACAGUUGUUGCGCUGCUGAUUUUGACUUUGUUGCUGUUCUCCAAAGUUGCAUGUCGAUAUUUUGUGUGUUUAUCCUCCCAGAUGAAAGUUAGUCUUGUGUGAUUAUUAUUAUUAUUUUUUUUUUUUGCCGUGUGAACAAAUUCAGGCAAAUUCUGGAUUAAUUUGUCUUUCCCUUUAAAUUGCAUAAUCACCCAAGUGUAGUUGUAAAUUAUGAUGGACAUUUUUCAAGAUGUACGUAAACAGUUAAGAUUUACACUGUACUUUGUUUACUUUCAAGUAAACCGUUAUUACAGUAUUUCAGUUUAGUAAAAGUGGCCCAUGAAUCUUGUAAGUAUGCCAUGACUGAUAAAACGAUGACAUUGUCAGCCGUGCACUAGUUCCGUGAGCCGCAGUUUAGUUAUGAUCAGAAUUUCAGUUUUAAUGUGUGGUUUUGAGGAGAAAUAUCACCUGUGAACAAUCUGUACAUUAAAACCGCUGGAUUCACUUUACAAAGAACAA